GUUCAGAUUACAGAUUCGAAGAAAGGAGAAGCAGUCCUCGUAGCCGAAACGGCUCUGAACUGUGAGAAAAGAAAGACUUACAAGUUUGACAUUGCCGCUGUGGGCCGCAACGGCGAAGUUUCUGAAAACGUGACAGUACACCUGACGGUUGAGGAUGUUAAUGAGUACGCUCCAGUCUUCCUUCAAGAUUCUUACAUCGUGGACGUCGAUGAAGAACGGAUGUACAACAAUAUCGUCCAGGUGAAAGCUGAGGACAGAGACUGCACACCGAAAUACAGCGACAUCUGUAAAUACGAGAUUCUCACCCCAGAUCAACCCUUCACCAUAGAUUCCGAAGGACGUAUUAAGAACACGGAACCGUUGUCAUGGGAACGAAGUCACAAUCACAUCCUGAGAGUUGUAGCUUUCGACUGCGGCAUGAAGAGGUCGAAACCGACAAAUGUGAACAUCAAGGUUAACGAAGUUUGCCAUAUUGGCUGGAAGGGAGUGUACGACAGAAUAGAGUACGUACCCGAGUCAGGCCAACAAAAGCUGUUUCCCAGUGCCAGGCUGGAUCUGUGUGAUGUCCCCUGUAAACCCGAAAAGCUGUCCGCAAGAAUCACCUUGGCCACUGGUCAUAUCGGCAAAGGUUGUGACCGUGAUACAUAUUCCGUGGAGUCUCAGCGCAAGUUGUGUGGUGCCAACACUGAAAGUGUCGACCUUCUCCCAACACCUGAACUCGGGGCUACGUGGACCAGAAACCUCCCGAUGGAUGAAGGCCGCGAGAGUGACCAGAUCUACGAAUUCGAUGGUGCUACGAGCGUAGUGGUCCCAGAAACGAUAUUAAACCAUAACUUGACGGACAACUUUACCGUGGCCUUCUGGAUGAAGCACGAGCCAUUUCCCGAGCCCAACCACACAUCCCACCACAUGAAAGAACACAUCAUCUGUAACUCUGACGAUCAUGUUCAUAACCGUCACCACUACUCGAUCUUCGUCCGGAACUGCCGGUUGAUCCUCUUACUGCGACGAGAGUUCUAUCAAGAAAGACCAAGUAUUUUCAGGCCUGCAGAGUGGCGAUGGAAAUUGCCAGAAGUAUGUGAUAACCAAUGGCAUCACUUUGCUGUCAGUGUCAAGUUUCCUGAGGCAUUUCUCUAUAUAGACGGACAGGUCUUCAGAGUCACUGCUAACAAUCCAGAAGUCAUUGAUGAUUGGCCGUUACAUCCAAUGAAAGGUGUCAACACUACAUUUGUUGUUGGUGCUUGUUGGCAAGGUCAAGAGAAUAAGACACAGUUUAAUUUUCAUGGCUAUCUUGCUGGUUUGUCACUUCUUCGUGGGAAAACUGAAAACCCAGAAGUUUUGUCUUGCCUACAUCAGUGCAAAGAGAGCCUAGAGGAACCAUCAACUGACUUGCUGGAACCAGGAAUGGAACUGAUGACGAACUCUGAGAAAACACAAGUCACUAUGGAAGGGAACAACAAGGAAAACCUGGAGAAACUGGUAUCCAAUGUAAUGUACUGGAACUCUAGAAAAUUCCCAACUCCUGGCCGUCGUAAUCUGUACCUCGACACAGUUGUUAUGUGUUCUAAUGGAAAACCCCAGAAAGUUCCAGAAGUCAAGAGUUACGUGAUGGUCAUGCAACCAGAAGAACCCAGCAUUGGUAUCAAUGGCACCUCUAACUUGGCUCGGGAGUAUGAAGCUUUUAAAGAAGGCAUUGAACUCUUCAACACAAUAUCCCUGACAGUCAACCAAAAUCACGAGGAGGAGUUCUCUGACGUCGUUGUUACUACCGAUGAUAAAGUGGAUAAGUGUUCCGUGCAGGUUUAUCCACCUCUAAAUCCAGAUCACGAGUACUUUCGUCUACCACAAAAUCUGAUGAAGCAUCUAAGGGUUCAUCACCGAGAUCAUAAGGAAGGAUUAGUUAUUUAUGGGGCAGACAAAAUUCACAAUUAUGAGCUGAUUCUACGACAGAUCCUAUAUUUCAAUCGAAAACCAGCCUACUACCUAAAUCGGGCUUUUAAACUGGUUUGCUCUGAACUGAAUGAUCGUUUUGUCAGUAACGAAUACAUGCAAACGCUGACUGUAAUCCACCCUCGUGCCGAACCCAGUCGUGAGGUAGAAAACCAUGUGGAUCCCGUGCAUGUCGCUCAUGCUCAAGUCAAUGAGCAUAAAGUGGAGGCUCCAAAACUGAAGUCGGGACAUGUGAACACUAAAGGACUGGAUAGUGGGGAAACUGUUACCAAAACCUCUGCAAGCCAUGCUAUGACUGUCAUCAUAGUAGUUUGUGUAGGUUUUCUGGUAUCUAUGAUCGUUCUGGGAGUGAUUCGAAUUCGUGCAGCCCAUCAUAGAACUCAGGAUUCUCGGGAGGAUGAGCAAGAGAUGGCUUGGGAUGAUUCGUCCCUCACAAUUACUGUUAAUCCUAUGGAACAAAUUGACCAACCGAAUAAGGCUCAGCCCCUACAGGAAGACGAAGACAGUGACAGCUCAGAUGACGGUAGCAGCUACCACGAUGGGGAGAGCUCUGAGGAAGAAACUGAAAAAGUGAAAGAGCGAGAGCUUGAAUGGGAUAACUCUAAUAUUUCGUUCUAACUUUAUCAGCCUAUUUUUCUUUUCACCUCCUCAGACACUUUGUGUUUCAAUCCCCCUUCUAUUGUAUUAAAAACAAUUCAUACAUGGUGUACUGAAUACUACAUAGAAAGCAGUAAGACAUGUAUGUAUACCUUUACAAUGCAACUGUGAAAUGUGACUUGAAGUAAACAAAUUCUAAAAAUCAGCUUACUUUUUUUUUCUUUACAUUCUCUUACUACUUAAAUUGUACUUGUUUCUGAGUGCGUUUUUUUAAUCAUUUAAUAAGUUUAUGCAUUAGUUAGUGCCAUAAUGAUUUCUUAAGCUCACUUUGCUGGCAUUUCUACAUUCCGGAAGUCGUAUAAAUCAAAAUGUAUGUUUCUUUUUAAACUGUUCUUGGCAUAUUACUUAAAUUUUUUUUAUACUUUUAAAAGAAUACUUGAUACAACAAUUGAUCAUGCUUCAGACUAUGUCCCUUUUGUUUGUAAUGGUCUGUAUAAUUAGUAGUAUGUGAUAACCACUUUACAUCUAAGACUUGUAGCCUCAAGCAGUUCCCAUAAAGCUUUGACAACAGGUUAGUUUAGAUUUGUGUUAACACUGGUCUAUAGCAGCACAAUUUAGAUUCGUAUUAACAGUGGCGUAUAGAAGCAUUGCUAUUGUCUGAAGAAAAAUGGUUUAGGUUUGUGUUAACACAGUGGUCUAUUGAAGUAGGGUUUAAGCUUAUGUUAACAGUGGUCUAUAGAAGCAGGGUUUAGGCUUAUGUUAAUAGUGUUCUAUAAAAGAAUGGUUUAGGCUUAUGUUAACAGUGGUCUAUAAAAGAAUGGUUUAGGCUUAUGUUAACAGUGGUCUGUCAAAAAAAAGGAGCUUAGGUUUGUGUUAUGAGGAAUUUUGUCUACUAACACAGUGAACUGAAUAACAUAUCCAUGUCUACUUAUUAAUUAUUUUCUUUUUUGUUUUCCAUGAUCUAAUUGUGGGAGCAUUUUGCUUCUAACCUCUUCUGUUGAAGAUAUCUAGCUGUAGUCAGAGCACUUUAGAUGUAUUUAAUACUUGUACUGAAGUUUUUUUCUGUUUGUCUUGUCUUUAAUGUGUGUAAACAAAUGGUCAAUCAUUUAUGAUAGUGUUGUUCAGGUUUCCAAGAGAAAGGUUUUGUUUGCUAAAAGUGUGUGUGGCACUCUAAGAAUCUGUCCUAGUAACAUCAUAUCCAAUCUAGAGAGGAAUACGAUAAUGACAUCCAUUAAGGUUUUGAAUUCCCUUAUUAUGUAUAUAUCAAUACAAGCAACUACGCUACAAAUUCUCGAGCACACAAUUUGCUUAAGAAGAUAAAAUGGAAAUUGGGGUGCAAAAUUCUAGAGUGUUUAAGUAACUUAAAAUGAAGCCUUCUAUACAUCUUAGUACAGUUGAAAAGUUAAGCCAUUAUGUAUAACAAGGAAGCAUAAUGCCAUUUCAGUGUCUCUCUCUGAACUUUAAAUUGUUCUUACCUCAACCUUUAAAAUGGGUGAAGAGUUUGUUGGGUAGUAUAAGACCAGAAUUAGUAAUCAGACUUGUUUUCAUGGUUCGCGUAUGUUACAUGACUUCCAAACACAACCUUCUCUCAGGGACGCAGUACUAUGAGAGUGGAAAGAAUUGAAAAAGUAAUUUGUUGUCUCAUUUGUGAGUUGUUGUAACUAAUGGUGAAACAUUCCAUCUAUAUAAAUAUAAUAUGCUUUGUUUUGUUUCUGUUGUUGUGGGUAAAGGGAAGCUUUGAUUUGAUUUCCCAUACGCUUCAGGCUGCAGAGGAAGUAAGUAGCUUUUUUCCCAACGAUGUGACAGUAGUGAAGAGUUGAAAAGAUCUACGAAACAUUUUUGAAGUCAAUAUUUAAAUAUAGAAGAAAGUGUAAAUUUUAUGUUUUUAUUUGAAUGAACUAUACAUUCUGUAGAAGAAUCAUGGUCUACUUCUCAAGGGGUCACAUUUUCUAAUAACUAGGUGAGAUAGCUCCAAGUGACUUUAUUGAAAUCCUUGAAUCAUAUUGUUUUUAUAAUUUGUAGAGUUUGUAAUUUCCUGAUGUUUUUCCCAAGAUUUUUGAAAACAGACUUAUACAGACAAUUCAAAUUUAGAUUUGAAUAUUAAAGUAUCAUGCAAUUUUUUUUUCUGUAUUCAAACUUUUUCUUUUUAAUUUACAAAAUCUGAGGUUUUGAUUUUCUUUAGAGAAUUUUUAUUUUAAAUGCUCGUUCUUAGAUUAAAAGUGAUAAUAAUUCCUUGUGUUACAUCACCUGUGACAAAACUUGUUUUUUUUUCCAUUUUUAGGAUAAAAAAAGUAAUAAUUCAAUUGGCCGUGAAUGUGUUGUGAGAAUUUCAUAUCAGGCUAUAUUAAAAUAAGUUGAGCUUUUAUGUAAAAUUGCUUGUUGACUAAAAAUUUUGGUUUUUAAGAUCCUUUGUUUGUUGGAAAAUGAUUUGAAACAUAUAUUCAUCUUUUAAUGGGUAUGUACAUUUUGUAUUUUAUAUGCAACAGAUUUAAGCUAAAGGGUUUUUUUUUCUUUUCUACCAGAAUAAACAGUUAUCGAUUCUCAUAGCAUCAAAACUUUGAAUGUUUGAAUUUAAAUGUGGCAUGUAAGAAAAGAAAUUAGGUAACUUUAGGAUUUUACUAACAAGAAAUUAAUUAAUCACUGACUUUACAAAUCUCAAAUUUGGAACUGUCAAAUAGAUUUUGACAAAUUAUUUGAUAUUUUGCUUGGGGAUAAAAGUUUAGGUUAAAUGUUAUAGGUAAUUCUUUGAUAUCUAAAAAUUUAAACUUCAUGAAUCUAAAUACUGAAUUUUGGUGAAACAAAUGCAUUAGCCGCAAGUGUUGUUCAUCUAAUUAUAUACUGUUUGAAAAUAUUUGUAAGUGUUGCAAUAAAAUGCUACAUUUUACCCUUGA